CCCCGGCCCCGGCCCCGGCCCCGGCCCCGGCCCCGGCGCGCGGCUGAGAACCAGACCCACCGGCGGUAUGGCAUCACAGCUGCAGGUGUUCUCCCCGCCGUCAGUAUCGUCGAGUGCCUUCUGCAGCGCCAAGAAACUGAAAGUCGAGCCCUCCGGCUGGGAUGUUUCAGGGCAGAGCGGCAGCGACAAGUAUUAUACCCAUAGCAAAAACCUCCCGGUCACCCAAGGCCCGGCAAACUCCUCGCACCAAGUAGCCAGUUUCGGUCUCCCCGCUUACGACCAGAACCUCCUCCUCCCGGCUCCCGCGGCGGAGCACAUCGUGGUCACGGCCGCCGACAGCACCGGCAGCUCCGCCACCUCGUCGUUCCAGAGUAGUCAGACCCUUCCCCACAGGAGCAACGUUUCUCUGCUGGAACCGUACCAAAAAUGUGGCCUGAAAAGGAAAAGUGAAGAGGUGGACAGCAACGGUAGCGUGCAGAUCAUAGAAGAACAUCCCCCUCUCAUGCUGCAGAACAGGACCGUGGUGGGAGCUGCUGCCGGCACCACCACCACCGUGACCACGAAGAGCAGCAGCUCCAGUGGGGAAGGGGACUACCAGCUGGUCCAGCAUGAGCUCCUCUGUUCCAUGACCAACAGCUAUGAGGUCUUAGAGUUCCUGGGCCGGGGCACAUUUGGGCAGGUGGCUAAGUGCUGGAAGCGCAGCACGAAGGAGAUUGUGGCCAUCAAAAUCCUCAAAAACCACCCGUCGUACGCCAGGCAGGGGCAGAUUGAAGUGAGCAUCCUCUCCCGCCUGAGCAGUGAGAAUGCCGACGAGUAUAACUUUGUCCGUUCCUACGAGUGCUUCCAGCACAAGAACCACACCUGUCUCGUGUUCGAGAUGCUCGAGCAGAACCUGUACGACUUCCUGAAGCAAAACAAAUUCAGCCCCCUGCCACUAAAGUACAUCAGACCGAUCCUGCAGCAGGUGGCCACCGCGCUGAUGAAACUCAAAAGCCUCGGCCUGAUCCACGCCGACCUGAAGCCUGAAAACAUCAUGUUGGUGGAUCCGGUUCGACAGCCCUACCGAGUGAAGGUCAUAGAUUUUGGUUCGGCCAGCCACGUGUCCAAAGCGGUGUGCUCAACUUACCUCCAGUCGCGCUACUACAGGGCUCCUGAAAUAAUUCUUGGAUUGCCAUUUUGUGAAGCCAUUGAUAUGUGGUCACUGGGCUGUGUAAUCGCUGAGCUGUUCCUCGGAUGGCCUCUUUACCCGGGUGCUUCAGAAUAUGAUCAGAUUCGUUACAUUUCGCAAACACAAGGCCUUCCAGCAGAAUAUCUCCUGAGUGCAGGGACGAAAACAACAAGGUUUUUCAACAGAGAACCUAACUUGGGUUACCCACUAUGGAGGCUGAAGACCCCAGAGGAACAUGAAUUGGAAACAGGAAUAAAAUCAAAAGAAGCACGAAAAUACAUAUUUAACUGUUUAGAUGACAUGGCCCAGGUGAAUAUGUCCACGGAUUUAGAGGGAACCGACAUGUUGGCAGAGAAGGCGGAUCGUAGAGAAUACAUUGACUUGCUGAAAAAAAUGUUGACGAUUGAUGCAGACAAGAGAAUUACACCACUGAAAACGCUAAACCAUCCAUUCGUGACAAUGACUCAUCUGUUAGAUUUUCCACACAGCAAUCAUGUGAAGUCUUGUUUUCAGAAUAUGGAGAUCUGUAAGAGAAGGGUCCAUAUGUACGAUACUGUGAAUCAGAUAAAGAGCCCAUUCACUACUCAUGUCGCACCGAAUACAAGCACAAACUUAACAAUGAGCUUCAACAACCAGCUCAAUACAGUGCACAAUCAGGCCAGUGUUUUAGCUUCUAGUUCUUCUGCAGCAGCUGCUACACUUUCUCUGGCAAAUUCAGAUGUCUCGCUACUCAACUACCAGUCGGCUCUCUAUCCAACAUCCGCAGCACCCGUGACUGGAGUUACUCAACAGAGUGUUUCUUUGCAGCCUGGAACCACCCAGAUCUGCACUCAGACAGAUCCAUUCCAACAGACAUUCAUUGUGUGUCCACCCACUUUCCAAACUGGACUCCAGGCAACUACGAAGCAUUCUGGGUUCCCGGUGAGGAUGGAUAAUGCCGUUCCUAUCGUACCCCAGGCACCUACAGCCCAGCCGCUCCAGAUCCAAUCGGGAGUUCUCACCCAGGGAAGCUGUACACCACUAAUGGUAGCAACUCUCCAUCCUCAAGUAGCCACCAUCACACCGCAGUAUGCGGUGCCCUUUACUCUGAACUGCGCAGCCGGCCGGCCGGCGCUGGUUGAACAGACUGCCGCUGUACUGCAGGCCUGGCCUGGAGGAACCCAGCAAAUUUUGCUGCCUUCAACUUGGCAACAGCUCCCGGGAGUGGCCCUGCACAACUCCGUGCAACCCACAGCGGUGAUUCCGGAGACGAUGGGAAGCAGUCAGCAGCUGGCAGACUGGAGGAAUGCCCACUCCCACAGCAACCAAUACAGCACCAUCAUGCAGCAGCCCUCCUUGCUGACCAAUCACGUGACUCUGGCCACCGCUCAGCCCCUGAACGUUGGCGUGGCUCAUGUUGUUCGGCAGCAGCAAACCAGCGCUCUUCCCUCAAAGAAAAGCAAGCAGCCUGCUGCAAACUCUGCCAAAUCCACCUCCACGUUGGACAUCCUGCCUUCCCAAGUGUAUUCACUGGUUGGGAGCAGCCCCCUCCGUACCUCCUCGACCUACAACCCCCUCCUUCCUGUCCAAGACCAGCACCAGCCCAUCGUCAUCCCCGACACUCCCAGUCCACCAGUCAGCGUCAUCACCAUCCGCAGCGACACCGACGAAGAGGAAGACAGCAAGUACAAACCGAGCAGCUCCAGCCUGAAACCACGGUCCAAUGUCAUCAGCUAUGUCACCGUCAAUGACUCGCCAGAUUCCGACUCCUCCUUGAGCAGCCCAUACUCCACAGACACGAUGGCCGCUCUGCGGGUCAACGCCGGGGGGUUGCUGGAAGUUCCGAGCCGCGUCCUGACGGAUGGCGCUGGCACUCGCACUAUCAUUGUGCCACCUCUCAAAACCCAGCUCAGCGACUGCACUGUGGGGACCCAGGUUUCAGGUCUCCUGACCAGCAAGACCAAGCCAGUGGCUUCAGUGAGCGGGCAGACAUCCGGAUGCUGCAUCACCCCCACAGGGUACCGAUCACAGCGAGGGGUGACCAAUGGCGUACAGCCUCUCAACCUCAGCCAGAACCAGCAGCAGGCGGUGUCGGUCCCACAGGAGAGAAGCGGCAACUCCGCCUCUCGCCGGCAGCAAGCGUACGUGGCCCCACUCACCUCCACCCUCUCUCAGGCUCCCUACACCUUCCAGCACAGCAGCCCACUGCACCCCCACCUGGCUACCGCCUCGGCCUCCGCUCACCUGCCAAGCCAGCCGCACGUCUACACCUACGCGGCCCCGACGACGGCCGCAGCGCUGGGCUCCACCAGUUCCAUCGCCCACCUGUUCUCCCCUCAGGGUUCGUCGAGGCACACGGCCUACACCACCCACCCUAGCACUCUGGUCCACCAGGUCCCCGUGAGUGUGGGUCCCAGUCUGCUCACCUCUGCCAGCGUGGCCCCAGCCCAAUACCAGCACCAGUUUGCCACCCAGUCUUACAUCGGGGCUUCCCGGGGCUCGACAAUUUACACUGGAUACCCGCUGAGCCCAACCAAGAUUAACCAGUACUCCUACUUGUAGGAGGUGGGAUCGGGCGAGCAGUGCUGGUCCCAGCUCAGAGCCAUUGGUGGCUGUGUCCAGCGGCCAACUCCUGGCCAGCCAUCACUCCUCCAGGAAGCCAGCUGAAGCGGAAGGAAAGAAGGUUUUCCAGGGGGAACCAAUCUCAACGUUGACUGCAUUGUUGUAGUCUCCCAAAGUCUGUUCUAUUUUUUAUUUUUCUGUUUUUUGAUAGUCUUUAUGCAGAUUGAGCAGUUCAGAUACACACGCACACACACACACACAUGCUCAACCACACACCCACCCACCCUAAGGAGCAAGUCUCUUCAGUAACCAGUAAAGCUUCCAUCUUUAGAUUGCCUAUCAAAAAAUAUCGUAACGUUCUGCCUUCUUAUUUCUGUAGGUGUUUUUAAAUAGAGGCAAGAGCCCUGCUUUAAUGCUAUUUUAAUUGUUACAAUUGGUUGGAAUAAAGAUGCCAAUGCGGAGUACUUUAAAAUUAAGAGUAUGGAGACGAAGAAGAAAAAUCGUUUUCGUUAACAGAGGUUUAUUUACCAGUAAGUUGUAGCAAUGGCUUGCACAAGUCUAUGUUACUAGCAGGCAUUUUCACUUAAGAUAUAAUGUAUAUUUAUCUUUGUUUAUGGGACAUUUUAAACUUUUAGGUUUUAUUUUUGUUUUUAACACCUCAGAUUAUUCUUACUAGCUGGUGGCUGUUUCUUUAGAACUAGUUCCAUAUCGCUUUGAGACGCUGCUGGAAUUCUCGCCCUUGGUUAUCCCUGUGCUUCUUUUAAAGCCAUUUUUAAAGGGCAGUUCACCUUUUGCUGCUCGUCGAUUAUCUGAGAAUCUACUGAAACUCUGAAAAUUCCUUAUGCUCUCAAAUUAUUUUCAAAACAUCUGUCCCUGUGUUUCAGCUUAACUUGUUAUCAUUCAUUCAAUAGUAUUUAUUGAGCGCUUACUAUGUGCAGAGCACUGUACUAAGUGCUUGAUUGCAGAAGCUGUUAAAUUAAGGUGGUUUUUAUUUUCCAAUUAUAUGCACGAUUGCUUGGAUUACGUGAUACUGGCAUAUAUGUCUGACUUGCUAAAGCUUGUGCUUACAGCCGAAUGGGAGCAGAGCUGCACAAGUUGUCUUAAAUUCGCAUUUGACACCGGACCUCUCAAAGGGCAGAAUUUCUUUAUUUAAGCAGAAGACUUUCCCCUCUGUCCCCUCUCUCCCCUCCUUCCUCCCCUCCCCAACUCCCAAAACUCCUCCUUUACUUUACAUGAUUCACUUGGGGCGGAGUCAAGAAUCUGAAACCAGAAUAAAAACCUUGUUGUGAAUAGCUUUUUAUACUUCGGAAAGAUCAGCUUCCUUUGUACUCCAGCAACCAACUGAAUGUUCUCUUAUGACUUAUACAGUAAAUGCAUGUAGGAAUUGCAAAAAAAAAAAAAGAAAAAAGGAAGAGAAAAAAGAUUUUAAAGUUUAUUACUGAAUUUAAAAUAUUUUAGAAGUUUUGUAAUGGUGGUGUUUUAAUAUUUUAAAUAAAUAUGUACAUAUUGAUUAGAAAAGAUAUAACAAGCAAAAAUGUUCCUGCUCACCGAAAUUGUCCUCUGUCUUUGUAAUCAAAAUGUGUAGUGGCUAUACUUGAACAAUGUACUUAGUGUGUGUGUCUAAUCCUCCAGCCCGCCCCUCAUGAAAUUGAUGUCCCCAUUGUAUUUAAACCAAAAUGAACUGAUUACAUGUUGGAAUGUCUGUGAACCAAUUGCAGUUGUUUAGAGCACAUCUCACUGUAGCACUGAGAGCAAGCAGUGGAGUCAGUCGCAUGCAAAGAGAGAAGACCUUCGGGAUUGUUUUGCACAGGUGUGUGUGGUGAGGAAUCGUUUUGUGUUUGUUCCCUCCCCCAGCCCACAGCCACCCCCUCUUUCCCCUUAUUGUAGUGCCUUAUAUGAUAAUGUAGUGUUGUUAGAGUUUACAGUGAGCUUGCCUUAGGAUGGACCAGCAAGCCCUGAUUGAAUCUAAGCAGUUCACUGGGCUUCUCAGAACCGGACUAGCAGUUGUGUUGUGUAGAUGCAUUAUUCUCAGUUUCCAAGCUGACGCGAAGAAAAAACAAAAAGUCCCCUCCCUUUUCUUCCGGGAGCCAUUUCCCAGGGCUUUCCCCCUCAGAUGGCUUGCACACUGUGUUGCCUCACUUCUUUGAGUGUAGAGAACACUUGGGAAGUCAAGUCGAUAUCGGAUGAGUUUUUUUUUUUCCAUUUUCUAAAGGUUAUGCAGUCACCUUUGGUUUGAAUUUAUUUUGAGCACGGCGCUCCCUUGCAUUAGUAAUUCCUUGUAAAACAUUGCUCGUUAAAAAACAAACAAAACUGAUAUUGUUUAUACCAAAGAGAGUCUGUUGUUUUAGCUCACAAUGUACUCAUACCAUUAGGAGUUUUGUGAGGCCGCUGGUGACUAGGAGCUCGCAGAGAGGGGUCUCGGAGUGAAAGUAUUAAAAGGAGAUUGGGGUUCCCUGGCUCAUGGGGGGAGGAGGGGGACCCAGUGGCUUCACGGAACUGCUGUGUUUCCUUAGGGAUCGUGCCCUCGACUCCUGUUGAGAUCAGAGUCCAGGUGUAGCAGAGGGAGAGCUGUGGAAAUGGGGAGAAGCAGGAGGCAGUCCUGAACCCAGAAAGGAUUUUGCAGUGGUCAGCUGUAGGAUCCAGUGAGUAUUUUUGUCUGAGUUGAAAGUAAUGUAUUUGGGGUAAUAAUUCUGGGACUGUGGAGAUGGUGUUAGGGAGGUGAAAAGUGGAGCUGGGAGACUUCACAAGGCCCGCAUCAGAAAGCUAGGUGCCGGGUCCCACGCUGAAGAAAUGUUAAGGGGAUUGGAAUCUUUUCAUUAUAAGGGAGUCAGAAUUCCAAAAUGGGGAAGGUAGCCAGCUUGAUAGCCCACAAGAAGUCUGUGUUGCGUGUAUUUUUUAGACAUUACACCGAGCUGUUUUUUGAUGCUAUAAAUGUCAGGAUAACCAAACAAUUUGCAUAGUUUCUAUCACUGGUGUUGCAGUGUCCUUGUUGCUCUGUGUGAUCUUUGUGUCUUCUUGUUGCCAGAUAACAUGCCAAUUUUCCUUCCCAAAUGCAUGGUUUGUUUAUGAUGAACACUUGCUGUUUUACCUUGCAAUGGAUGUUGAUUGUCGUGUACACAGAAAGCAUGAGAUGCAGAAAAAAAGAAACCCCCCGACCUCUCGUAGGCUUUCAUAAAAAUGUGAACCUGAUCCCAAAGGAAAAAAGCCAAAAAGGCAAAGAUCUUUGCAGGCUGUUUACUCACCCAGGCGGAGUUCCAGUGUAAAGUAUUUAAGAAUUCUCCUUGUAAGGCUGUAAAUUAAGUAACAUUUCAGAUUUACCAAAAGCUACACACUAAAUGUAUCCACUGAGAGGGAGUCCGCUUUAUACUUUUGGAAAAAACCAUCGUUGUGGCUUAGCGGCGGGAAAACCACACAUGCCUAGUCCAGGGUCCUGAGUAUAGAAUGGGUCUGUUAUCAGAAGCAACCUGGCACCAGACCAGCUGAAAAAGAAAUAACACAUCUUUUUUCAGAAUUUCUAUUUCCAGCAUCUCUCACUGUGAAGCUUUGAGCAAGGAGGGUACCUCAUAGUUCGUGCCAUCUCUGCUCUUCCCGUACAAAGCCGCCGAGCGAAUAAUCUGCUCUCCCUCCCCACUGCAGGUGGGUAGGCAGAGGUCUCCCUCGGCGGCGUCGAAAGAUCUCUAGCCACGACAGCACCAGACCAUGCACUGAGCCAGGAAGGCAGUUUUUUGUGUGGUGUUUUUUGUUUGUUUUGUUUUUGUGUGUGUGUGUGUGUGUGUGUAAUCCCCGAAAGAGAAGUCCAUUUCGGCUCAGUCUUGACAGUUCAGAAACUACAUCUGAUAGCUUGGGCUGGCUCUGAAAAUGGACUGCCACUUGCUCUGCCACUAGAAAGGCCAGGGAACUGACCUGUCUGCUGGUGGGGCCCGCUUGCUGAGGCAGUAAUAUACCCCCUCCUGCUUAGUGUUAUGCAAACUUCCUUGUUUGGGUUGGUUUGUCUGAAGAUAGGAAACUCAGUUGCUUCUCAGUGUCAGGAACAGCCCACGCCUGCUUCCUUUUUGAUUUUUAAACUGAUGGAUGGUGCAGCAUGUCUACAUGGGUGUUUGUUGCUCAACUUUAUAUAAUGUGUGAUUUCCGAUUCAGCUUGAAAAAUAAUCUCACUACAUGUAGCAGUACAUUAUAUGUACAUUAUAUGUAAUGUUAGUAUUUCUGCUUUGGAUCCUCGGUAUUGCAAUGGAAUUCCUACUUUAUUAAAUGUAUUUGAUAUGCUAGUUAUUGUGUGAGAUUUAAACCUUUUUUUCUCCCUCUUAUGGUUGUGCUCAUCCUUUUACAAGCCUCUAGAAACAGGUAGUUUCUGAGAAUUACUGAUCUAUGUUUGUAUUGCAGAUGUACUUAGGGGGUAUGUAAAAUAAUCAUUUUAACAAAAGAAAUAUAGAUAUUUAAAAUUUAAUACUAACUAUGGGAAAAGGGUCCAUUGUGAAAACAUAGUUUAUCUCUGGAUUCAAUGUUUGUCUUUGGUUUUACAAAGUAGCUUGUAUUUUCAGUAUUUUCUACAUAAUAUGGUAAAAUGUAGAGCAAUUGCAUUGCAUCAAUAAAAUGGGUUAAUUUUCUGUACUCUAA